AUGACUUGGAAUGUCACUGGUUCAUUAACUGUGGCUUCUGAAUUUGAGAUAGGACAAGAGUUCGCCUCAUUGCAGCAAUUAAAGAAUUUUGUGAAAGCAUGGUCGAUCUCUAGAAACCAGAUGUUUCGGGUGUUAGAGUCAGAGCCCACAAACAAUUGUUUAGGAGACAUAACAUGUGGAGACCAUCCUCUCAUUUCAUCAGAUUUCGUUGCUGAUCUUAUCGAGGAUUUCAUUAGGACUGAUCCUUCAUUCAACUGUUGGGGGCAGGAGACCCAUACAUUUCAUUUGACUGUUGGGGAGGCGACGAUUACUUUGGAGGAUGUCGCUGUUAUCCUUGGACUUAGAGUGCACGGGGCACCUGUUACUGGUCGAGGCGAGGGUAACUGGGCUGCAUUAGUUUUCGAGUUGUUAGGGAUUUGGCCCAACACACCGGAGAACGAGCCCAAAGUUCUCCAGGGUUCGUCUUUGAGAUUGACAUGGCUUCGGCAACAUUUUUUCUUGUUGCCGAAUGAUGCUGAUGAGGUGACUGUACAGCGAUUUGCCCGGGCUUACAUUCUUGCAUUGAUGGGGUCCAUUCUUUUUGCCGACAAGAGUGGAGAUGCAGUCCAGGUUCUUUAUCUCCCGCUUUUAGCUGAUCUCGACGUAGCAGGGACAUAUAGUUGGGGUAGUGCGACCCUUGCAUACCUGUAUCGGCAGCUAUGUCGAGCAUCACAUAGGGGUGCGAGGGAGUUAGGUGGCCCUGUGUUGUUGUUACAGAUUUGGGCAUGGGAGCACAUACACAUUGGCAGACCUCGGAUUUCGAGGGUGCGGGACCCACCUCCACAGUUUGACGAGGCCGUUCCUAUUUUAGGCUCCCAGCAUGUUCCGGGGAUUGACCCCUUAGCUGUCAGUUGGCUUCGAGUACACAUCAGUAGGUCCCACACAGCAGGUGGGCUUCCUUACUACAGGGAUGCACUUGACCAUCAGACGGACGAGCAGGUACAUAGGCUCGUACUUGCCUAACUUAUAUACAUUGGUAGACUCUUCUUUUGCCUAAUAUUUGUAAGAUUCUAUUUUUUGUAGAUGAC